UUGCGUUCAGGAACGAAAAAAAGAAAAUUAAAAAUAAAAAAUGAAACGGCAACAGAACUGGAACGAUAAAUAGAUUAGACCAGAUACGAUAACGAGACAAACAGUAUGACAACUGUUAGGGACAAUCGAAACCCUCUCGUUCUUGACAGGGAGAGAGUGACAUGCUUGUUGCUUAUUAAUACCCAUCUCAUGAAGAAAUCCAUCAAUAUUUAUAAUAAUAUGUUCUGUAACCCACAAGCUAUGCAACUGAUGCCUCAAGAAGCAAAACAGUUGGUGGCCGACUCAUAUCAGAAUUGUAUAAGAAGACUUCACUGUAAUUUGACAGUGUUGAACUAUAUUCACGAGCAAUAUCAUAAUGAUCCAAGUCAACAAUCAUCUCAAACUAAGGCUUCGUUCCCAAUAAUUUUAUCAGCUCCAACAGAUAUGCCCGAGUUAACGGAGUUGUAUAAUAAACUUCAAGAUUUGUAUCCAGAAGCCAUGCAAUACAUCAAGAUAAAGCUUCAACAAAUGAGAAGACAACACUAUCAACAAGAACAACAACAAGGUGCACCACCGCAGGGUCAACAACCACCACCACCGCAAUCGCAAGCACCACCUCAACAGCAGCAACAAAAACAACAAAUUCAUAAUAGACAACUUCCCCAACAACAAAUGAUGAGCAAUAAUAAUGCCAUUUUGUCAAAGAACUCUGGUAUGAUAGGCACUCCAAAUUCCAAUGGUUUAGGUACUCCUCAACAAGACUUUGUCCAACAACAGUAUUUUAAUGGUGGUAGUCAAAGUAAUAUCAAUUUUUCAAGUCCAAUGCUACAAAACGUUCCAACGCAAGGUCCACAAUCUCAAAACCCACAACAGCAUCAACAACAACAACAAGUUCAAGCAAUUUCUCCUCAACAAAUUCUACAACAAAUGAACUUAGGUCAAAGUAAUCCAAAUACGGGUAUUGACUAUCUUUAAUUUAUCUAUGUAAUUGUAUAUUAUUAUG